AUGCGCCGUGGGCGGGCGCGGCGGGUUUGAACGGGGCUGAGGGGCGGCGGCGGCGGUUCCGUCCCCUUAGGGUGCUCGCACCCGGCCGGUCCCUGUUCCGCUGUUGUGACAGCACAGGAAAAUGGCUUCUUCAGAUCUGGAAGACUUGUGCUUUCACAUCAACAUGAAGAUUUCAACUAUUAAAAAGACUCUGCAAUUAAGAAGCAUAGGUCAAGAACCGUCCUUCAAAUCUAUGCUCUGUAAAAUAGGACAUGAGAUGGUCCUCUUGCAUGAUCUCCUGAAUAAAAUGGAAAUAGAAGUUCAGCAGCAAGAAAAACUGAAGAAUUUGCUCAAAGAGCUCCAGAAGUCUGCUGAGAGAGAUCAAAGCGAAGCACAGCACCUCCGUGAAAACAUUCCCCUCCACCUGCCUAAACCGACUCAGAGCUGUGUCGCGGGGCUGGCUGCGAAAAGCGAGGACCAAACGAAAGCUGCAGAACCUGAACAUGCCAAGAAACCUGCCAAGGAGCCGCGAUUUAUUAAGGAAGCAUCCUUAAUAACCACGGAAGAAUUCGAAAGCGUUCCCGCGUAUAUGAAAGGUCGCUUGACGUACGAUCAAAUCAACGCCGUCGUUCAAGAUAUCAACAAGGCCGUGGUGGGCAAGUACAAGAUCCUGCAUCAGCCUUUGAAAUCCAUGAAUGCAUCGGUCAGGAAUCUCUACCACCGAUUCCUGGAAGAGGAAACUAAGGAUACAAAAGGAGAAUUUUUUGUCGUGGAGGCCGAUAUCAAAGAGUUCACCCAGCUGAAAGUGGAUAAGCGCUUCCACAGGAUCCUCAACAUCCUGCGCCACUGCCAGCGAGUGAGAGAAGUCCGCGGCUCGCGCCUCGUCCGCUACGUCAUCUGCUAAGGAGCCUUCUGCAUUCUGCUUACCCAAGAUGCGUGGAGGGCAGAGACAUGAAGAGGUUUUGUCGUCCUCGGGGAGAUUCUACGUGUGGGCAUUCCUGUUAGGCUCUCUUAAUUUCUAAAAGGCAGUAGCGAGGACCAAAGAGUGUUUUCCAAGCAUCUAUUCUACAUUUGGAGUAGCAAUAUCAAAGGGCCUUGAAGUAUUUGAGCUUCAUUUCUGAAAACUUGGGAGGCACUGAUGUCUUUUGGUAAAUUACAAACACAAACCAGGUGCAGACGCAAACACAAACCAGGUGAAGUUGGCACACCUGUGGUCGUAGGAAGCCCUAAUCACAUUUUUAGGUCGGCGCUCAAAAGUGAAAUUAAUGUUCCUUACUACCCCGUAGCUACCCAAAGGAAGCAUUGGAUUCUUUUUUUAGUGCCGCAAACCGAUUUCCAGACUUCCUUUUCUUCAUCUUUUUUUUUUUUUUUCCUUCGUAUCCUAGUUGUGCGUUUUGGAGUUCCUUGCAUCAUUUGAACGGGAAGAUCUGAGGUGCUUUAACCAUUUCCAGUUCUGCUGGCCAUGUGGUUUUCAUACUUCAUCACGCAGCCAGAUUUUUUUUUUUUGCUCAGACCAACGCACCAGGUCGAAAGAGCAGAGCAGGGAUAAUUUUUUCUGUUGUAGUGAAAAUGUUGAAUUACACUUUAAAAAUACUGGUCAGACUCUGUUAUUUUCAUUAUAGAAGAUUGCUUUCAAAGGAUCUAUUAGCGUAGUAAAUUCCGGAGUAGAAUUGUGAUAGAUUUCAGCUCUGUGAGUGAUAAAAAUUGCUUUGAUAAGAAGACUUGUAGUCUUUUUUUCUUCCAUAAGCCUGUAUCUGCUGUUAUCCCAACAACUAAUCGAAAAUACCUCCUGUUUUACCCUGUCAGGUGACAAUUUAAUUCAUAUUAGAUAUUUAAUUCAUUCAGAUAUUUCAUCUUCGGUAUAGGAAGACGCGCAAAAUGAGAACUUCUGUAAUUUCUGUUUCCACAGUUGUCAGUUGGGUCUGUGAGAUCUGUUGUUACAAAGCUUAGUUUACAUGAAGAGAGAUUUGGGUCCGUGGAUCAUCAGGGUCCCUUUCCUCCCUGCUCUCAGCUUUGUGUACUCUUAACAGGCUUUCAAAAUUCCGGGCUUGUAACCUUCUUCUUAAUAAAAAGAAAUUUAUUCAUUUAAAA